AUGUCUCUCAUGGAAAAGCAACUCGACCCUUUGUUCUUAGCUCGGAGCUACCUCAGAAGAAGGAAAUUUGAUUCCUGUAUAGAGAUUUGCUCCAAAAUGCUGGAGAAAAAUCCUUAUGAUCAAUGUGCCUGGUUCAUGAAAGCUAAAGCCCUGACAGAACAAGUUUAUGUUGAUGAAGUUGAAGCGGACGCAGAUGGAAUUGCUGAGAUGCUUAUGGAUGACAAUAGUAUUGCUCAGGUAGCAAGACCUGGCACCUCCUUCAAGAAACCAGGAACAUCAGGACAGGGCACCUCAACCUCCCAGGGGGUCAGACCCAUGUCCCAGUCAGGGAGACCAGUCAGUGGGUUUGUGAGGCCGGGUACUCAGUCUGGCAGACCUGGUACCAUGGAACAAGCUAUCAUGACUCCCCGUACUGCUCAUACUGCACGACCUGUUACCAGUGCGUCCGGUAGAUUUGUACGUUUGGGAACUGCGUCCAUGCUGUCAGAGCCUGACGGCCCUUUCAUCAACCCCUCUCAACUAAAUCUUGCAAAGUACGCUGACAGGCCUGGUCUCAACAAAGUCCUGUUCGAUUAUCUCUUCUACCACGAGAACGACAUCAAGAACUCCCUCGAACUUGCAGCUCUUGCAACUCAGUCGUCCAAAUAUGAUGAUUGGUGGUGGAAACAACAGCUCGGCAAGUGCUACUACAGAUUGGGACUCUUCCGAGACGCGGAGAAGCAGUUCCAAUCCGCCCUGAAACAACAACCAACAGUUGACAACUACCUGUACCUGGCUAAAGUGUUUGUGAAGUUAGAUCAGCCGCUAGCUGCUCUGGACCUGUUUGAGAAGGGAAUGGAAGUGUUCCCGGGGGAGGUGUCCCUGAUAAUCGGGGGAGCCAGAGUACACGAGGGGUUAGGAGAUCUGGAUAGCUCGGUUAAGUUCUACAAGAAAGUGUUCCAGUAUGAUGCGUCAUGUGUGGAGGCUAUAGCUUGUAUUGGUACUCAUAACUUUUACUCUGACAUGCCUGAAAUAGCUUUACGUUCCUUCAGACGGCUGCUGCAAAUGGGGGUUUGUAACACUGAACUUUACAAUAAUAUCGGACUGUGCUGUUUCUAUGCGCAGCAGUAUGAUAUGUCUCUGACGUGUUUCGAGCGUGCGAUAAGUCUUGCUCAGAAGGAAAACGUGGCGGAUGUGUGGUAUAAUGUCGGGCAUAUUGCUGUGGGAAUUGGGGACUCAAACCUGGCAUACCAAGCAUUCCAAAUGGCUCUUAUCUCGGAUAACAACCACGCGGAGGCGUACAACAAUCUGGCGGUUCUGGAGAUGAGGAAAGGAAAAGUAGAGCAAGCCAGAGCUUACUUCCUCUCAGCCAUGACGAUAAACCAGGAGCUAUACGAGGCCCAUUAUAAUCUGGCUAUUCUCUCUGAAGGGCAGGGUGACCUAACUCAAAGGGGGGCAAUAAUGAAUGCCUAA